AUGCAUUUCCGAGGGGUGAGGAAGCGGCCCUGGGGGCGCUACGCGGCGGAGAUACGCGACCCCGUCAAGAAGAGCCGCGUGUGGCUGGGCACAUUCGAUACGGCCGAGGCGGCAGCCAAGGCCUACAACGCUGCCGCUCGCGAGUUCCGAGGGACCAAGGCCAAGACUAACUUCCCCCGCACCGCCGACGCCUGCGGUAGCCCCAGCAGCCAGAGCAGCACCGUCGUCGAGUGCUCUGGAAACGAUGCCGCGCCGCGGCCGCCCCCCUCCCAGCUCGACGCCAACCUCGUCUACAGCGGCGGCGGCGCUUGCGCAUCCGGCGGCACGCCGUUUGCCUUCCAACCAUUUUCGCUCUUCUACUUUGACCAAAUCACCAGAUCCGGGACGAUGCCGGCGUCAGCGGUGGCGGCGGCGACUCACCGUCAUAUGCCGCCUCUAUGCCGGCCGAUGGUCGUCGCCUGCUUCCAGCCGCCGCGCGAAGUAACCGCCCGUAGCGACUCGGAUUCCUCCUCCGUCGUGGAUCCACAACCGGACCGCUGGUCACCGGCGCCGCAGCCACUUUCCAAGACGUCACGUCUCGAACUGGAUCUCAACCUCCCGCCGCCAGAGACGGUGGAGUGA